UACGGCUCAACAUUGCACACCCUCAUGGACUCCAUCGGGAGAACCUUGACAAUAUUCCUUCUCAUCUGUCAGGAAUUUGACCUGGCGUGAGAAUAACACUUUAAGAGGAAUUCCUGAAUGAAGCCUUGUGAAACCUCUUGAAAGCCAUGGAAGUACCAGUAGAUAGCUUAAAGGUCCGUUACAAAGAAGAAGACGGGGCGGUGCUGUUUGAGAGCUACAUUCCCCCUUCCAGGGACGCCAUCCACCUGCCGACAUAUGUGCUCUACUUGCUCAUGGCCAUCUUCAUCGUGCUGGGGGUUCUCUACGCCAUCAUUGGUCACCUCAUCAAGGACCUCAUUCAUGACUUUGCAGACUGGCUCUUAGGGGAGCAGCCCGAGGAGGUGGUGGUCAACUACUGUGAAGCCAAAGACAAAUUCAUGGCCGACUGGUGUCCGGAAACCACACCGGAACUGCAGGAGAUGGCCCGAGCUGAGGAGAACAAGAUGGCCGAUAAAGACUUUAAUAAGUCCCCUGCUAUUUGGAUUAUUUCCACAGAACCAAGUGCGACCAGGACAGGACCACGUGUGGUGUUUGGGAAAAAGGCUUAAAGAGGAACAAGAAGAUAAUGUCCAAUCAAUGAGUUGAGAUUUGCCAUUAAUGACAAUACAUCGUAGUUACCGCCACGUAUGCUGUACCAGCUUUUGUGUUAGGAGGACAUCUAGUGGUUCUGUAGCGUCAGUGGAGCUGCUGAUCACUUUUAACACCAGUUGAAAAAUUGCAAGAAUUUACAUUUUGCACUGUUGAAUCUUAAAGGGUUCCAAUCUCCGUUGGGCAUUUCUGUGUGGAGUUUGCAUGUUCUCCCCGUGCGUGUGUGGGUCUUCUCCAAGUACUCCGGUUUCCUCCCACAUGCCAAAAACAUGCAUGUUAGGUUAAUUGGUGACUGUAAAUUGUCCAUAGGUAUGAAUGUGAGAGUGAAUGGUUGUUUGUCUAUAUGUGCCCUGCGAUUGGCUGGCGACCAGUCCAGGGUGUACCCCGCCUCUCGCCCGAAGUCAGCCGGGAUAGGCUCCAGCAUACCCGCGACCCUAGUGAGGACAAGCGGCAUAGAAGAUGGAUGGAUGGAUGUAUCUUAAAGGAAAACUGCAUCUUUUUUAAAUUUUGCCAAUCAUCCAUAAUCCUUAUAUGUGACAUGAACGCACGUCUUUCUCUUUUCUGUGCAUUCUAAAGAUAUUAAAAACAGAUAAAAAGAGAUAGCUCAUUACUGCCUGUAAUGGGACACGGUACAUUCUUGAUAACAUGUAAUGCUUACGGUAUGAUAACAUGUAACACUUACAGUAUUUUGUCGUAUUUUGUUCCUUUUAAGCAUUACCAGAACUUUCUUUCUUGAUUUCACAUAGGAACAUAGAAAUGAACGCCUACACCUAGCAUUAACUUAUCUAAUUCAAAAAUAAAAACACAGCAGCAACUCCAAUAUAUAGCCUUUAUCCUUAGGUAGUCGCCUGAGGCGUUGUGAGCGCGUUGUGACGUGUUUGAACAAUGUUAAUAAUAAUAAAUACAAUGUCGCUGUAGCUUGGUUAAAGGCACGUCAGAUUGAAUGUACAGCACAGGCCUAAAGUUUGGACACACCUUCUCAUUCGACGCGUUUUCUUUAUUUUCACGACUAUUUACAUUAUAGAUCCUCAGAACUACGAAUGAACACGUGUGGAAUUAUGUACUUAACAAAAACAUGUGAAAUAACUCUAAAUAUGUCUUAUAUUUUAGACAUAGAUUUGAUGUCUUAUUAAUUUUUUUUUGUGAUAGCGCUGCAAACCCUUGGUGUCCUCUCAAAGAGCUUCAUGAGGUAGUCACCUGAAAUGGUUUUCACUUCACAGGUGUGCCUUGUCAGGGUUACUUGGUGGAAUUUCUUGCCUUAUUAAUGGGGUUGGGACCACUGAGUUGUAUUGCGUGUACAAACAUUUGGCCUGUACUGUAAAUGGAGUAUUGUUGGCGCUUACUGGAGCUGUUUCAGAUGGCUUUUCCAAUUACAGUACAUGCAUUCUUAGCUUCGUCUUUUCAUCUGUUUUUUAAAAAAAGAGAAAGACAUAUGUGUUCAUGUCUCACAUAAGGAUUGUGGAUGACGGGCAAAUUUUUUUUUUAAAGUGCCGUUUUCCUUUAAGGAUGUUCUAAGUCAGGGGUGUCAAAGCACAGGGGGCCAAAACUCAAAACCUAAUUUAGGUUGUGGGCCGAACUGGACAUUACAAUCCAUCCAAUUCCCCAACUUUGUAUCUUCCUGAUUAUUUAUCCUGAAAUUUUCAAAACUUGUAUAUUUCUACAUAUUGAAAGUAUUAAAAAACAUAAAGCACACCCAUAUGCAUCAUCUGUGCACACACCAAGAUGCUUGUUUGAAGUUGUGAACAUGACAGGACAUGCCCCAAUAAUCCAGGCUAUAAAAAUAGUACUUAGUAUGGUCAAACUUUGAGAAAAUGUGUCAUUACCACUGACGAGUAGAUAAGUAAGCAGCCUACACACCUUUUAUCCCGGUUUCCCGUGCAGGCAGUGCUGGGAAUGGAACAUGCAAUAUAAUGCACCCCUUUGGUUGCGUUUUCAGGUUGGGGCAAAAUGCACAUGACAGCUGGUGAAGGUGUCUUAAUGUGGACAUUUUUUAUUUUUAAACUUCACUCGUGUGGAUGGACUUUUUUUUUUCAUCCGAGUGGGGGAAAUGUGCAUUUUUUCCGUGUCCGUUCAUUCCUGCUUGGAAUUUCUACUUUUUGAUCAUCCGCAGCUCUACGACUGUGGUUGUUUAGGCAUAGUUGUUCGUUUCAAUAAAGUGAU